AUGCAGAAGGCCGGGGCAGGGGGCCGGAGAGCCUCUGACUGCGGCCCAGCCCCUCACCGGCCCAGGUGCAUCACCAAGUUCGCCCAGCAGUAUGUGGGUUCCUUCCCUGUGGACGACCUGGACCCCCAGGAGAGCGUGUGGCUGGUUCAACAACAGCUGUGGGCACUGAAGGAUUGUCCCAGACGCCGGGCUGUCAUCCUGAAAUUCAGCCUUCAGGGCCUCAAGAUCUACAGCGGGGAGGGUGAGGUGCUCCUGAUGGCUCAUGCUCUGAGGCGCGUGCUCUACUCUACCUGGUGCCCAGCUGACUGCCAGUUUGCCUUCGUGGCCCGAAACCCCCAGAGCCCAGCCAGCAAGCUCUUCUGCCACCUCUUUGUAGGCAACCAGCCCGGAGAGGUCCAGAUCCUGCACCUGCUGCUCUGCCGUUCCUUCCAGCUUGCUUACCUCUUGCAGCACCCUGAGGAGCGGGCACAGCCUGAGCCCUGCCUGGCGUCUGCAGGAGACAUGCCCCUGAAGCCACUGUCCAGCCCGGGGGGCCCCCCUGGCCUUGUACGGGAACCCUUCAGCCGGGAUCAGCUUUCACAGAACGUUCAUGCAUUGGUCUCCUUCCGGCGGCUUCCUGCAGAGGGGCCUGUGGGCAGUGGGAAGGAGCUGCCAGAGUCAGAAGGCCGUGGGGGCACCCGCCAUGCCCGCCUGGGGAAUCCCUACUGCUCACCCACACUGGUGCGCAAGAAGGCCAUUCGCAGCAAGGUGAUCCGCUCCGGGGCUUACCGAGGCUGCACCUACGAGACUCAGCUGCAGCUGUCAGCUCGGGAGGCCUUCCCUGCUGCGUGGGAAGCGUGGCCCCGGGGGCCUGGUGGUCCCUCGUGCCUGGUGGAGAGUGAGGGCAGUCUGACGGAGAACAUCUGGGCCUUUGCUGGCAUCUCCAGGCCCAGUGCCCUGGCCCUGCUGCGGAGAGACGUGCUUGGGGCCUUCCUGCUGUGGCCCGAGCCGGGCGCCAGUGGCCAGUGGUGCCUGUCAGUGCGGACACAGUGCGGCGUGGUGCCCCACCAGGUCUUCCGGAACCACCUGGGCCGCUACUGCGUGGAGCACCUGCCUGCCGAGUUCGCCAGCCUGGAGGCCCUGGUGGAGCACCAUGCUGGGACAGGGCGAAGCUUCUUCUGCUCCCUCAACAUGGGCCGCCUGAAUCCUGGCUAUGAGGAGCAGGACCGGGGGUCCGAGGGCAGACCCCCCCGGACACUGCGGCCCCUUGGCCAUGCCAAGUCCGAGGCAGAGCUGCAGGGCCUGGGCUAG